AUGACUUCUAGUCUGGUAGAUGAGGGUAAAAAGUACGCCCUCAAUGCAGCUAAGAAGGCUGUGAAAGACAUCACGGGUAGCAAUUCAAAGAAGAAGGUAGACAAGCCCCUUGGCAAUAAGGACGAUCCUGUGGACGGUCUUGUCCGCGUAGCCGCCGCUGUUGUCGGCUUCACAUCAGAAGCAAUUCAAUAUCGAAAAGACAAGAAGCUUCAAAAGACCGUCAAUUCAAACAGUCAAGUGAGCCCAUCCACCAUCGAAUUACUGAAGAUGAAAGCAGACGUCUCGGGCCUUCGCGAUGGUGGCGCGUCCCGCAUUGCCAGGGCCUACGUCAUCAACGCUGGAUCCGAAUGA